AUGGCAGUAGUAGAUGCAAAUGAUUCAUUUUUGUUUGCCAACGUCGGUUGUCAAGGAAGGAUUUCAGAUGGAAGUGUAUUUAAAAACACGGAUUUAAGCAAUAACCUAGAAAAUCAAACUUUAAACCUUCCACCACCAACCCUUUUGCCAGGACAAAUUGAAGAAACACCAAAUGUUUUUGUUGCUGAUGAUGCAUUUCCGCUUCAUUUCAAUAUAAUGAAGCCCUACCCUGGGAUACACUUAAAAGGCUCACCUAAACGUGCAUAUAAUUAUAGAAUAUGCAGAGCACGUCGCAUUGUAGACAAUGCUUUCGGGAUUUUGUCAUCAGUAUUUCGAGCUUUAAGAAAACAACUCUUACUUGAACCACAAAAAGCUAUAUCCAUAACAUUAGCAUGUGUUUACCUUCAUAAUUUUUUAAGGAAAAGCAAACAAUCAAUGAAAUUAUACUGUCCAGAUGGCACAUUCGAUACUGAAGUAGAUGGAACUGGAAAUGUUAUUGAAGGAAUGUGGAGAAAAAAUGCAGGAAAUCAAACUUAA